UUCGUCCGUUUAAACAAUUCGUUAAGGAUGUUUGUAAUGCCAGGUGGUUUGACUGUGUCGAAUAAUGUGUCAAACUCUUUAGUUUAGUGUUCAGAAAGACCAAACGUGAAUGGUUUUGUCCGUUACGUCAGACACUUCCUCUUCCUGUGUUUUUAAAGGGAGCAGUCAGACAACAAGACAUAAACACAAACAUGGUGUCUCUGAUCUGCACCUUACAAAGUCAUCGAGACGAUGUGAACUGCUGCGCGUUCUCGGGUUCUCUGCUGGCCACCUGCUCCGCUGAUAAGAGCAUCUGUGUUUACUCCGCACGAGACUUCAGCGAGCUGCCCUUCUCCCCGCUGUCCGGACACGGCUAUGGGGUCCACUGCUGCUGCUUCAGCGCGUGCGGUCAGUACCUGGCCUCCUGCUCCACCGAUGCCACCACCGUGGUGUGGUCGAUGGACUCCGGGGAGAUCGAGGCCGUCCUGGAGCAUCCGGGCCGGAGUCCGGUGAGGGUGUGCGCCUUCUCUCCAGACUCAUCUCACCUGGUGUCUGGAGGCUCCGACGGGACCAUCGCACUGUGGGACUUUACCUCCAGGACACUGCGCAGGACGGGCGCAGUGUCUGACACCAGUGUAGUGGCCUGCUCUUUCACUCCCUGCGGUCAGCUGUUCAUCACCGGCUCCACAUAUGGUGACCUGCGACUGUGGGACCUGAAUAUGAACCAUCUCCAUGCGGAGAAGAACGCCCAUGACCUCGGGGUCUCCUGCUGUCAGUUUGCUCCCCAGAUAAUGAAGGGCACAGAUGGCUGUGUUCAGUUUCGGCUGGCCUCGUGUGGACAGGACAGUCUGUUGAAGAUAUGGAUUGUUUCUCUUUUGUCUUCUGCAGGCAUUAAGAUGCAGCUCGCUCACUCUCUGACGGGUCAGUCUGCUCCAGUUCUGUCCUGUGCGUACUCUGCUGAUGGACAGAUGUUGGUGUCAGGAUCGGUUGAUAAGACCGUGACUGUGUAUCAAGCCAACGAAGGUAUCUUGCUCUACACACUUAACCAGCAUGAUAGGUAUGUGACGGCCUGUGCCUUUUCCCCCACGGCCCCUCUCAUCGCCACCGGCUCUAUGGACAAAACUGUCAAUAUCUGGAGGGUAGAGGACGGCUGCGGGGCUCAGGGCAAAUCUCUUUCUGAUGAAGCUGCUUCGGUGUCAAGCAUUGGAGGCAGGAAGUCGAGUGGACACUCCAGACUGAUGGUGAGCGAGUGGUCUGAGGAGGAUGUGUUGGCAUGGUUACGUGAGGAGGGGCUGGAGGCAGUGAUUGACGUGUUUACAUCUAAUAACAUCGAUGGAGAGGAGCUGCUCUCUCUCACUAAGGAAAACCUCAGCUCCGAGCUGCACAUUGAGUCUCUGGGCCUGCGGAGUAAAGUCAUGAAGAAGAUCGAGGAGCUGAAAAUGUCACCUGUCUCUAACGGCACUCCCGACGAGUACCUCUGUCCAAUCACACGUGAGAUCAUGAAGGACCCCGUGAUCGCUGCCGACGGCUACUCGUAUGAAAGGGAGGCCAUUGAGAGCUGGAUCAACACCAAGAGCCGCACCAGCCCAAUGACCAACCUACCCCUGCAGACCACACUUCUGACACCCAACCGCACGCUCAAAAUGGCCAUUUUACGAUGGACCACUUCUCAGUGAUUUCAGAUAAUAAUCAGCCCAGAACAGAAGUCUCUCUGAGAUCAGACUGGUUUAAAACAUUAGCAUGCUGUACACUUUAGUGCUUUAGCUUUUAACAGACUAAGCGCUGUCUCAGCUCUUGACUCGAGCUCCUGGGAGUGAUAAGGUGUUCCAUUAGAUGUGAUGGAACACAUAAUGUGAUCGUCCAUACACAAAGUGACGCUAGUUAUGUCAAAGGCAGACCGAAGACUGUGGUCCAUAAUCCGGCUAAAACUACUAAAUGCAUCUCCAGCAUUACACAACAGAGUGUUGAGUGGCCUUAAACAUCAUAAUAAAUGUUUAUCUUCCCCUUUCUGCUCUAUAGCAGACAGUUUGCUCGCGUAAAUAUACAGUUUCUAGCACAUAAUUAUGAUUCCUCCUGCAACUGUUCUGUAUCCCUCUCAUCAUGAUUCAGAUCAUGCUGAAUUUACUCGAAUGAUUUAGUCAUUUCAUGGAUGAGCUAUUAAUCAUUUAAAGGGUUAUGUGUGUCAUAUGAUGUUGCUCAUAUGAAAUAGUUUACAUGCUUAAAAUCAGGUAUACGUUUAUUAGUGGAUGAUCAUUGUAUCCAGUUUAGUAAGCUUCACUAUGUAACAUAUUACAGUAUGUAUAUGUCUGUACUGAUGAUCUGUAGACAGUCUGCACAUUUACGUACACGAGCUGGUGGCUGGUUCAUGCUUGGUGAGAAUAAAAGCCAUGCAGAAAUAAAAUCAACCUGUUGUACAGUUGA